GUUGUGGCCGUGCCGUGUGCGUCAACGUCAUACUCUCGCAGUUGUUGCAACUAGCCUCACCGACAAGAGAUGUCGAGCUCUCAAUCGGUCUCUGUCAAUAACUCAUUUGACCAUGAAGAUUCAAUGGAAGAAGAAGAACUGCCACAGCAAGUGGCAGAAGGUGGGGGUGGUGGUCCUAGUGAAGGACUUGGAGGUGAAGGAAGCUCUAUGCCUACACCAAUCACCCUAGAAAGUGCGGGGACAAUUCAAAAAAAGCGAACAAGAAAAGUAUUGAAUGAGAGGUCUGAUGUGUGGAAUGAUUUUACUAAGUCCCCAAAUCGAGAGACAUGUUCUUGCAAUCAUUGUGGGAUUAUAUACAAGUGCCACUCAUCGAGGAAUGGAACAUCCACACUUAAGCAACACUUGACGCGAUGCACGCAAGCCUAG